AUGCGUUCAAUAGCCUUCAUCGCUCCCCUCGCUAUUUUGCAGGGGGCAGCUGCUCAGCAAAUUUACGACAUAUGGCAAACGACCUGGGACAGAAGUAACCUCUUUACUUACUUUCAGCCCACCCCCGACCCAAUCGACUUUGUAACGCCUGGAGCGGCCGCAAGUGCUGACAUUUCUGUUGAUGACUCUUCUGUAUACCAAACUAUCUACGGUUUCGGUGCAUCCCUCACUGACUCCUCGGCACAAUUGCUGAGCAACUUGAAAACUCAAAACUCUGCCAACUACUGGGAGCUCAUGGACUACCUUUUCAAUGUCACCGACGGAGCGAACGCCGCUGGAUUCUCCUAUAUCCGUGUACCUCUCGGCGCAUCUGAUUUCUCGGCAAGCUUAUACAGUUUAGAUGACACAAGUGGAGACACUUCCCUCGGCAGCUUCAACAUCGACGCUGCUCCUAGUUAUGUAUUCUCCACGCUCACCGAUAUCCUUUCGAUCAAUAAUCGACUAAGCGUGCACAUCUUGCCUUGGUCACCACCAGGCUGGAUGAAAUCUGGAUCAACGAUGGACGGUGGUACAUUGGACAGCCAGUACGUUGACACGAUGGCCAAUUAUCUUCUCAAGAGCUUGCAAGGUUUCCAGAGUAAGAACAUUCCCGUCUAUGCCCUCUCGAUCCAGAACGAACCUGAAAACAGCAACCCAACUUAUCCCAGCUGCAGCAUGCCAGUAGCGCAAGAAGCGGCGAUUGGUACAGCCUUGAGGAGCCUCAUGAACAGCAAUGGUUUUACCAGCACCAAACUCAUUGGAUACGAGCAUAACUGGAGUGACGCUGCCAACUACCCCGUACAGCUUAUGCAACAAGCUGGCAGUUCUUUCGACGGAGUGUCCUUCCACUGCUACGAAGGUGCAGUCAGCGAUAUGUCGUCCUUCACUUCCCAAUAUCCCAGCAAGGAAGUUUAUCUUACCGAGUGCACCGGAACGAUUGGAUCAGACUGGUGGAGUGAUAUCAAGUGGUACAUGGACAACCUCUUCAUUGUAGGGCCCCAAUACGGAGCAUCGAAUGGUCUCAUGUGGAACUUGGCUCUUGAUGGCAAUGGGGACCCCAUCCUUUCCGGCACAAACAGCUGCGCCAGCCCCGGAUGCCGUGGUGUCGCACAGAUCAACAGUGAUGGGAGCUACAGCCUCAACCAGGAGUUCUACUCCAUGGCCCAGGCUUCCAAGGCCAUCAUCCCCAAAGACGUCGGUGGUCCAUUCGGCCAGCGUAUCGGCGUUUCAGUAUCUGGCUCGCUUAGCUGGUCGCUCAUCGUUGGGGCAUAUGUUACUGGACGUGUUUCCUCGACAGACUGGAACCGUUAUGCUAUCGUAGUUCUCAACUGGGACGACAGCUCCACUACUACUUGGAACCCUGUCCCUGUCGAAGCCACCAUCGAAUUCAGAGGCAUGCAGGCUACCUACACUUUCCCUGUGGGUGUCACCACCCUCUGGUGGUACGCGGCCCCAAACUAAGCAACUCGGCACAAGUUGCGAUGUAUGCGAGUUAACGUGCACAGUUGUCUUUGCACUUUAUUUAUUUAUUGGAUUUUAUUAUUGGGUUAUUUACGAAUUCACAUGUGGGUCUCAUUUGCGGGGCAGCAAUCAAUACCAUUUUCAUAUACGGAAAAAAGGAAAAA